UCUGAAACAACUAUAAAGAUCUCUUCAGAAGUACAUACGAACAUACCAGUUGUGAGAAAGAGUUUUUCAAAACGAAAGUACCAGUUGUGACCUAUGGAGGAGAUGCUACGCCUCUGAAUGACAAGUACUUGGAGAACAUGGGAUUCAUUUAUCAUCUACACUCGCUUGUUAUAUCAAAGUACUUCAAAAUCUUUCCUUUUUAUAAGUGUUGUAACAAAGUUUUAUCGCAUUCAGAUUGCAAAAUUUAGAAGUUCCGUCAUGAGGUAAUGUAUAUCUUUUGAUUUAUAUGAAUGCUUAAGGUAUCGAUCAAGGAAAAAAUAUUUAUAAAUAUAUUCAGGUUUUGCAAAGUAACUUCAUAUUCGCAUGAUUACAUCUUAAACUAUAUAUAAGUGGGCUUUAUUUUUAAAAUAAUGCAAUCUGAUAAGAAAAAAGACAGAAUUGCAGAAUUUUUCAUUAAAGAAACAAUAAAUGACGCUUGUAACAUUUUCAUAAUCUUACACUGCAAACACUGAAGAGAUUUUGUAAAACACUAAAUAAUUACAAACUGGGGUUUAUUUAAAGAAUAAUAUUAUUUUUUGGGGGCAGUUGUUACUUGUUACAAACUACUAAAAGUAGAACCGUGAUGCCAUGCAAGGCAAAGAGUAAGCCAUUUUAGGAUUCAAGAGAGCGAGACCCACUCCCACCAAGUUUCUCAUCAUCUUCUUCGCUUCUUCUUGAUUUUCUUACGUCUGGUACUCUGUUUCGUAUCUCGAGAAGUCGAUCAAUCUCUGUUCCUCUAGAUCCUACGUGUUUCAAUACAUACGAUUAUCGAGCGACGAGACGAGGAUGAAGCUUUUGGAUCUGUUCAUAACGUCGUCGAUACCAGUCGGAAAGAUUCUUGUGAUAACAGGAAUCGGCUUUUACUUGGCUCUUGAUCGUGUUAACAUUCUGAAUCAAGAUGCUAGAAAACAGCUCAACAACAUAGUUUUCUAUGUGUUUAGUCCUUCACUCGUUGCAAGCAGUCUAGCUGAAACUAUUACUUAUGAAAGCUUGGUGAAAAUGUGGUUCAUGCCACUCAACGUUGUGCUCACAUUCAUCAUUGGCUCGUUUCUUGGUUGGCUUGUUAUCAAGAUCACUAAACCUCCUUACCAUCUCCGUGGCAUCAUAGUUGGUUGCUGUGCCGCUGGGAACUUGGGAAACAUGCCACUCAUCAUUAUCCCAGCUAUAUGCAAUGAGAAGGGAAGCCCUUUUGGAGAUCCUGAGACUUGUGAGAAGUAUGGAUUAGGUUAUGUUGCACUCUCUAUGGCGAUUGGAUCCAUUUGCAUAUGGACUUAUGUAUACAAUCUUAUGAGAGUGCUAGCUAGGGAAAGUCCAAUAAUCAUCGGCACCUCCUCUACAGUGCCACUGAUUCCUACCAAAGUCAUUCAAGUUGAGGAGCAGUUUGGAACAUGGAGCAAGAUCAAGCAAAGAGUAUGUUCUGCAACAGAGAAUAUCAAUCUAGGAACAAUCUUUGCUCCUUCCACUAUUGCAGCGCUUAUCGCGCUUGGGGUUGGGCUUAUUCCUACACUAAGGAAGCUACUAAUCGGCAACACAGCUCCACUCAGAGUGAUUGAAGACUCAGUAUCUCUAUUAGGGGAAGGGACUAUUCCUCUUCUGACUUUGAUUAUAGGAGGAAACCUUCUCAAAGGUCUGAGGGGAUCAGGAAUGCACAAGUCAGUCAUAUUAGGCGUGGUGGUUGUGCGUUACGUGUUGCUGCCAAUAAUAGGUGUUUUAAUAGUGCAAGGAGCUCAUCAAUUGGGUUUGAUUACAUCAGAACCGCUCUACCAGUUUGUUCUUCUGCUUCAGUAUGUUGUUCCACCGGCAAUGAAUCUUGGUACAAUCACUCAACUAUUUGGGUCAGGAGAAAGUGAAUGCUCUGUGAUUCUCUUCUGGUCUUACGCUUUGGCUUCGGUUUCUCUCACCCUCUGGCCAACCUUCUUUAUGUGGCUUGUUGCCUGAACUAACAAACACACACACACAUACACGCAUACGAGCAACAUUUGAAAAUCUGUACUUCUUUGAAAAGUUAUAGCAAUUGAUAUAUUCUUUCUAUAUUAAAGAAGUUGGAGGUAAAACAACUAGGAAUAGAGAGCCAAUAAAAAGGGAAAUUUUAAAGAUUUUAUCAUCAUAAGUUAGCAAGAUAAAUACACGAGACAAGCAAUAACAAAGUUAGACCAAACUAUACUAGUGGGAGUUCAUAAAGAGAUCUUCAGAGAGAGGCCUUGUCAGGAAGAUCAUCGAAGUAAGGAUGCUCCAUAGCCUUCUUUGCUGAGAUACGUUUAGCUGGCUCGUACACCAGCAU